UUGAACUUUGACAUCAAAACAAACAAUCAUGGCGGUUGCGGUCGAUAGGGUGGAUAUGUUGUUUAAUGAAAUGAUUCUGCAGUUGCGGGGACAAUUGUCAUCAUUUAGCGACGCAUUUGCAAUUGUUGGGGCUAUUUACACUACACAGAAGACAUUGAAUAUUGUCUGUGGAUGUUAUAGGGCAAUUUCUGUGUAUGGCUUGCCAAAAUUGAGGAGAAGACCAGACCUUGUUAGCCGAUAUGGUCCGUGGGCAUUGGUUACCGGGUGUACGGAUGGCAUUGGAAAAGCAUACGCCCAAGAACUUGCCAGUUGUGGUAUGAAUAUCAUUCUGAUAAGCAGAUCCAAUGAUAAACUAAUAAAAUGUGCCAAAGACUUAGAAUCACAGUUUAGAAUCCAGACUCAGGUGGUGACAGCAGACUUCAGUCAAGGGGGCGCUAUUUAUGCAAUGAUUGAAGAGGAGAUUAAAGAUAAAGAAAUUGGUAUACUAGUGAACAAUGUUGGUGUGAUGUACUAUCCUGAGUGUCUCCACGAAAUGAAUCUGGAUCGCAUAUUCCAGUUGAUAAAUGUUAAUAUCACAGCUGCAACAAUAAUGAGCCGUAUUGUGCUACCUCAAAUGGUGGAAAGGAAAAAGGGAGCUGUUGUGAAUUUAACAGCAGCAGCCUCUAUCAGACCCAACCCACAACUAGCAGUAUACACAGCCACUAAGACUUAUUUAGAUUUCCUGACACAAUCUUUACAAUAUGAAUAUGAAGACAAAGGAAUAACAGUACAGAGCCUUAUGCCAUGCUACGUUGCCACUAAGAUGACCAAAUAUGGGCAGAAUGUUCCAAGCCCUGGCUACUUUAUACCGUCAGCUAGUCUAUAUGCAAGAAGGGCGUUGAGUACAUUGGGUGUGUCUAGCCGAACAACCGGAUAUUGGCCACACCAACUUCAGUUAUGGAUUGCAGAAAUGAUACCAGAUAGGAUGUGGCUAUGGGGGGCCAACAUUGUCAACAGUGCAAUAAAAAGACGAAUUGUGCAACAGAAGAAGAGAGGAACUUUAGCGUCAAGCUCUUCAUAGUUCAUACUAAAUAUAUAAAUGAUUUAAAGAAACACACCAAUGAAAUAAAUAUACAAUUAAAUGUUCUUGAUAUACGUAUGUUGUAUGUAUGUUUGUAUGGUAUAUAUUGUCUGAAAAUUUUUAGUACAGUAGUUAGAUAACCAGACGUUCCGUCGAUUGAAAGUUCACCUGAAAGAAUCCUUUGAUCGGAGACGUUCUGCUGACAGGUCAAGUUAAUUUGCAAAUGUUGCUUAUUAUUUAGAGUUUCUUAUUUUAUUGAAAAGUAUAAGAUACUUUUAUAUUAUUUUACUCUAAUUUUCUUUUAUCGAAUCAGUGCAGUGCUAUAUCUAUGAAUGAAUGCAAUUAGCGUAAGUGACAUGGCUUUUCUACUGAAAAUUACAAAAGUAAUGAAUUGUGCCCCUCUCUCUCCCUCCCCACUAAUCCACGUCAUACAUUAGGUCUAAAGCUGAUUUUAUUUUUGUCCAUUGUAUGUAUUGAAGGUUCCUAUAAUGAUAGUUGCUCCAUCCCAAGUGGACAAUUUCACAACACACUCACAAAAUAAUGUUUAAAAAUGUUUCUUGCCAAAUAUUUUCUUGUAGUGCCAUAUAUAUUGAUACAUUAUUAUGUUGUGUUUUGUUGACUGUGCUACACAUUUCUGCUUGACUUGCAUUGGAUAUCUUGGUUAUUUUAAUUGUUUUAUAAAAUGCAGUUGCAAUUAUCAUGUCCGUAGUGGCCUUAUGUCAAAAGAUAAUAUUUGAAAAUGAUGUUUGUCGUUCAGAUUACCAUCUUGUAUUGAAUUCUUGGUUUUUUAAUAAAAUUAAAUAUUGUAGUCAUUUAAAAAAUAAACUU